GUUGGGGCCCUGUGGCUAGUACCAGCCCAAAGGCUCUCUAAGUAAGAGCAGCCUCUGGACAGAAACCCAGAAGAGCUGAUUUGACCCCUCGGUGUGCUCUUUCCCCUUGUUUUGUAAAGGAGGACACAUCCUGAAAGGCAUGCAGUGGCAAAAUGGAAGUUUCCAGCAUCUCUGAGUCACCACGUGGAGCACAGCUGCUCUGAAGAGUUGCCUACUUUGCACUGGAGCUUUUGAAAGUGCAAAAGAAACCUUUUUGAUUUGGAAGAUCAUUUGUUUUCUCAACUUUCAACACAGUUUAUCCUAUUCUGCCCCAAUCAGGGAUGACAUAAAAUUGAGGUGAUUUGUUGAGAAUGAGGAGACAUAGUGGUUAUACUGGGAAAAUUGAGGAGAGAGAAAAAGGUUUUCUACAGUACUUAGAAGAAUAAGAAUGGGGAGAUUGAUAGAGGAUUAGAGCCAGAUGGAGACUAGAGAUCCCAUUUUAUUUUCAUUUUAAGAGCAAAGAAACUCGGACCUGAGAUCAGGUCAAGGGCAUGGAACAAGUUAACGGAGAGACAGAAUUAUAGGCCUAGUUUCUGAGACCUUGAGAGUAGCCUAAUGUCUCAGAAUCCACUGAGUUGAACUCCAGCUGCUGUUGAGAGCCGCUGCACAUGGCUCAGGGUCCUUUGGGAUGUUCCGAGCUUCUUUCAAUUCCUGGUAAAAAGUCUUGAUGGGAAGGGUAGCUAUCUGAACGCUUAUCAGGUUUUGUUUUGCCCCCAAGUCUCAAGUCACAGGAGAUCUCCUUGUCCUUUUCACUUUAUUCUUUUUCCGCCCAGGAUGAACUAAAGUCAUCAGGAAAUGUCUUUCAAAGAAAUACGCUUUCACUGUUUACUCCCUACUUCUUAUUGUUUGGUUUUUUUUUAAAAACGAUUUAAAUCACUUGGGUGAACAAAGUAGACAAAAAAUAAAGCAAAUAUCCCUGAAGAGAAAAUUGUUGUCCCAUAUUUGGUGUUUUCUGGAUGGAUAACAAACUUUGUUGUGCCCCUAUACAUAAAGAGAACAGGAAAUACCUCUGACAUUGUGGUGAAUGACUAUCUAGAGGGCUCGGGUAAUUUUUGCCACAGAUUUAUUCUUUUGAUUUGAAAAAACUCUUUUUUGAGCAUUUUUCAGGACUUGAACCAGUCAUCAAUCUACCCCCAACUCCAGGCUCCACCCUAACAUUUUCUAUCCGUGGUUUGGGUAAAUUCUCCUUGGUGUCUUCUUGGGCUCUUACUGGCAAUAGUUUACCCUUACUUCUCAUUCCCCACCACCCUUCUGAGCUAGGAUCAUCACUAAGAUGGGAAUUUCCUAGUCUCUCUUCUCCAUCUCUACUCUGAGCCUGGAGAUUAAGAGAAGUCAUUGUCACAUCAUCAUUGGUCAGCCAAUCAGAUGGGCAUUUCCCUCCAAUGACCUCUCUGUCCUAUAGAAGUUCUCAGGCAGCUUCAAUGGAAGGAGGGAGCUAAGAAGGUGGCCUAGUAUAAGUUCAAAGAUGAUCAUUACAACAUGGAUUUUGUACAUUCUCGCCCGGAAAGGUAUAGGGCUCCCCUUCCCACCAAGGAUGAGUUCGGAUGUUGAAGUUGUGGAAAGUGAGGCUGUAUCGGUAGUAGAGCACUGGUUGAAAAAGACAGAAGAGGAGGCUUCCCAGGACAUAAAGGAGAAGAUGUCCACCAACUCUUCUCCUACUCAUGGCCAAGAUGUGCACGUGACCAGAGAUGUGGUGAAGCACCAACUUUCGAAGUCUGAUCUAUUAGCAAACCAGAGUCAAGAGGUACUGGAGGAGAGAACAAGGAUUCAGUUCAUAAGAUGGAGCCAUACCCGUGUCUUCCAAGUGCCAAGUGAGAUGAUGGAUGACGUCAUACAAGAUCGAAUAGAGCAAGUGAGACGAAGCAUUUCCCAUCUUAGGACUGACUCAUGUCAGGACACAAGUUUCCGAUCUUCCCUCUCAAACUGCUGAGAGUCACAGGCUUUCAGGGUCAAGGAGCAGCCUGUGUCAGAAGAAAGUCCACCUCCCGCUUGACCUGAAGGGUGACCAGACCUGGGCAGAGAGACUCCAGUGGGUGAGCCCUUCAUUUUGACAGUGGUAGCACUGGAAUCUUCUUGCUGAACUGCUAAUAAAGAGACAAGCUA